AUGGAGAAUGGAAACCUAUCAGCAGUGACUGUGUUUGUCUUCACUGCUUUCCCCCAGCUCCAGGAUGGUGGCCUCCUGUACUUUUUCCCUUUACUUUUCAUCUACAUCUUUAUUGUGGCAGGAAACCUGAUAAUCUUCUUUGCUGUCAGAUUGGACACCCGUCUUCACAAUCCCAUGUAUAAUUUCAUAAGUAUCUUCUCGUUUCUUGAGAUGUGGUAUACAACAGCUACCAUCCCUAAGAUGCUCUCCAAUCUGAUCAGUGAGCAAAAGACCAUUUCCUUCAUUGGAUGCCUCUUGCAGAUGUACUUCUUCCAUUCUCUUGGAAACACUGAAGGGACUCUUCUGACUGUCAUGGCUAUUGACAGGUAUGUUGCUAUCUGCAACCCACUCCGCUACCCUAACAUAAUGACACCCCGGCUAUGUGCUCAGCUCACUGCUGGUUCUUGCAUAUUUGGCUUCCUCAUCCUUCUACCUGAGAUUGUAUGGAUUUCUACUCUUCCUUUUUGUGGUCCCAAUCAAAUCCACCAGAUAUUCUGUGAUUUCACCCCUUUGUUGAAGUUAGCCUGUACAGAUGCCUCGGUGAUCCUGGUUCAAGAUGUGAUUCAUGCUCUUGCUAUUUUGGUAACAAGUCUGAUUAUUUCUCUUUCUUACAUAAGAAUUAUUGUUGUUAUUCUGGGCAUCUCUUCAACAGAGGGUCGUAAAAAGGCCUUUUCCACCUGUGCUGCCCACAUCGCUGUCUUCCUGUUGUUUUUUGGCAGUGUGGCCCUUAUGUAUCUUCGAUUUUCUGCCACUUAUACACCAUUCUGGGACAACACCAUUGCUCUUACAUUUUCUGUAUUUGCUCCCUUUUUCAAUCCUAUUAUAUACAGCCUAAGAAAUAAGGACAUGAAAGAUGCAAUUAGCAAACUCUUUUGCUCUCAAAAGGUGUUCAAUGAAUCAGGUAGGUAA